UUAUCUGCUAAAUCAGUUAGUUCCUUCUUCUGUUCUGUUCGGUCUUCGUGAAUCUUCACGUUGUUUGUUAUUUCCUUGAGACAGAGUGAGACAGUGGAAAAUCUUAAAUCUGUAUAAAGAAGAACCAUCAGUGUCUAGAGACAGAGUGUGUGUAAGUGAGUGAGUGAGUGAGAAAGUAAAGUGAAUUGAAGAUGAAUAACUCAGUAGUUUCAGAGAACAGUUUUAUUAUUGAAAGUGAUGAAGAAGAUGAUAAGGAUUUUAACAAAGAUGAUGAUGGAAAUGAUUCUGAUUCUUCAAAUUACUCCAAUGAAAAUCCACCACAAAGGAUACAAAGUUCUUAUAACCCUUCAUGGCCUCAGAGUUACAGGCAAUCUAUUGAUCUAUACAGUAGUGUACCAUCACCAAAUAUUGGAUUUCUAGGAACUUCUUCAUUGUCAAGAUUAAGCAGUUCCUUCCUUUCUACAUCUUUAACAAGGAGGCACACUCCUGAAGUUCUUCCUUCGGUUACAAAACCUCUUAUACAGACAAUAGAAGAUGAGCCGCCACAAAGACGCAGCUCUCGCGCCUUGCUUCCUCCCCUUUCUAGAAAGUCUUCUUUGCUUAAGACAGAAUCCAAGGUUUGUCAUGAAGUUCCUUCUCGACACUGCUCUUACGGACAGGCUGUGCUUAAUGGCAUAAACGUUCUUUGUGGAGUAGGAAUCCUUUCAACCCCUUAUGCUGCUAAAGAAGGUGGAUGGGUUGGACUUUCCAUUUUGUUCAUUUUUGGAAUCAUUUCCUUUUAUACCGGAUUGCUCUUGCGUUCUUGCUUGGACAGCGAACCUGGCCUUGAAACAUACCCUGACAUUGGCCAAGCUGCUUUUGGUACUACCGGACGUAUCGCUAUUUCAAUAGUACUGUACGUCGAAUUAUAUGGCUGUUGCAUUGAAUAUAUAAUUUUGGAGGGAGACAACUUGGCUUCUUUGUUUCCAAAUGCAUACUUAAAUUUAGGUGGAAUCGAGUUGAGUCCGCAAACGCUCUUUGCUGUGGUUGCUGCCUUGGCUGUUCUUCCUACAGUUUGGCUCCGUGACCUAAGCAUUCUUAGUUACAUCUCAGCUGGUGGAGUUAUAGCAUCCGUUUUAGUGGUUCUGUGCUUGUUAUGGAUCGGCGUAGAAGACGUUGGCUUUCAACGCUCAGGGACAACACUCAAUCUUGCAACUCUUCCGGUAGCUAUUGGUCUUUACGGUUACUGUUAUUCCGGUCAUGCUGUUUUCCCAAAUAUUUAUACUUCCAUGGCAAAUCCAAACCAGUUUCCUGCAGUACUAGUAGCAUGUUUUGGAGUUUGUACCUUACUAUAUGCUGGCGGUGCUUUUAUGGGAUACAAAAUGUUUGGAGACGAUACUCUCUCUCAAUUCACUCUUAACCUGCCACAAGACUUGGUUGCAACCAAGAUUGCUGUCUGGACUACGGUGGUUAAUCCAUUUACCAAGUAUGCGUUGACUAUAUCUCCAGUGGCAAUGAGUCUCGAAGAGUUGAUACCGGCAAACCAUGCAAAGUCUUACCUAUAUUCAAUUUUCAUCAGAACAGGCCUUGUAUUUUCUACCCUUGUUAUUGGUCUCUCAGUUCCCUUUUUUGGUUUGGUUAUGUCCUUAAUUGGAUCUUUACUUACAAUGCUUGUAACUUUGAUAUUACCAUGUGUUUGUUACCUAAGAAUCUUGCGGGGUAAGGUCACGCGAUUACAGAGAGGACUUUGCAUUGGAAUUAUUAUAGUAGGAGCUGUGUGUUCUUCGGUUGGAACGUACUCAGCCCUCGCCGAGAUUGUUAAGAGUUUGAGUGGAUGAAGUUUUGUGGCAUAAAUCAUGGAAGAUGAGAUUUGUUUGCUAGUAUCUACCCUUUUCAAAAUUCUAUAUGUUGUGAUUUCACAUCCCAAUUUUGAGUCAAUUUUUUGCUUAUUGUGGCAUCUCCAUUCUGUUACUAUUAUUUGUUGUUACUUGUUAGCAUAUCAUAAAAAGUUUUGCUCAGGUUUGAAGUGUUGGUAAUAUAGAUUAUGUUGAGAAACAUUUUUAAGAGUUUGUAAGAACCUUUCAAAUGAAUUUAUUAAAGAGUAUUUUCUUUCAGUUGAAAA